AUGCAUCUGCAGGAAAAGCCAGAAAAAAUUAACUUUGAUGGCAUCCUCUGUCUCAUUGGAGCCUUUGGGAAGUUCCAGAAGGUCUUGUUUGUGUGGAUCUGUCUGCCUCAGAUCUUUCUGGCGUUCCACAUGCUGGUCUCCGUCUUCACAGGGGCCGCCCCGCCGCAUUUGUGCCGCUCCUCGUGGCCCUCAGCGGGCGCUCCGACCUCCUCGGACUUCAACUUCAGCCGUCUGGCCGCCACCGAUGGCCAGCCUGAUCUGUCCUGCGCGGUACCCUUGAACCACAGCGGUGCUGUAGCUCUUGGCGAUGGACACCCUGCUGGGAGCUGCCAGGGGGGCUGGCAGUACAGCACAGAGACCUUCCAAAGCACCACAGUAACUGAGUGGGACCUGGUUUGUGAUAGUGCCAGCCUGAACAACAUGGCCUCCUCCAUGUACAUGUUUGGCCUCCUAGUAGGAGCUGUUGUGUAUGGGAGCUUAGCCGAUAAGUACGGUCGCAGGAUCAUCAUUCUCAUCAACCUGGCGGUCCAGGCUGUCUUUGGGGUCGGGGCUGCUUUCGCCCCUAAUUUCUACGUUUACAUCGCCCUCCGCUUUGUGGUUGGAACAACCAUCUCUGGUGUCAUCAUGAAUGCCUUUGUCCUAGGCACAGAAUGGACAGGAUCCAAGCAGCGGAUGUUGGCAGGUAUAAUCACCGACUACUUCUUCGGCUUCGGCUAUAUACUUCUGGCUGGAGUGGCGUACCUCAUAAGAGACUGGCGUAAACUGCAGCUGGCUAUCUCAGCACCCGGUUUCCUCUUCAUCUUUUACAUCUGGGUGUUGCCAAAAUCUGCUCGCUGGCUAAUGGCUAAUGACAGAAAGGAGGAAGCAUGGGAACUGAUCCGGAAAGCAGCGCAGAUGAAUGGGAGGCUCCUCAGCAAAGAUUUGGAGAUGCGGCAGGUCCAUAACGUUGAAGAGAAAGCCGGGGUGAAGAAAAAAUACUCAUUCCUAGACCUUGUUCGAACCCCCAAAAUGAGGAAGCACUCUUUGAUUGUUUUUUAUCUCUGGUUCGCCAACGUGCUCGUGUACUACGGCCUGUCGCUGAACAUUUCUGACUUUGGAAUGAACAUCUACCUGACCCAGAUGAUCUUCGGCCUGGUGGAGAUGCCGGCACGCACCAUCACCCUGUUCACCCUCAACCGCUCACGCAAGCUCUCCCAGCUAGCGUUCCUGGCCGUGGGCGGCACGGCCUGCCUGCUGACCGUCUUCAUCCCCAAUGAGCUCUCUGUCGUCAAAACCAUGCUGGCCAUGAUCGGGAAGUUCGGCAUCACGGCGUCUCUCUCCAUUAUUUACGUGUACUCGGCGGAGGUGUUCCCCACCGUUAUCAGACAGAACGGGAUCGGUAUUGGCUCCAUGUGUGCUCGGACUGGAGGGGUCCUGGCUCCCAUGCUGUACCUCCUGAAGGGCAUCAGUCCGCAGGCCCCCAUGGUUCUGUGCGGGCUCUGCCCUCUGCUGGGCUCCGCUCUCACCCUGCUGCUACCUGAGACGGCCAAUAAGCCGCUGCCCGACACCAUCGAAGACGUGGAGGGAUCCAACCUCAGUGAGGAAGGUGACAGUCGUCUUUGAGCCCUCUCCGAGGAAAACUGCAUAUCUGCGGCGGCGGCACCGGGAUGGACUGAUGAACAACAACAACAGCAGCACCGGUGCAAGCUGCCGCAUCAGUAUCAGUACUUUUAAGGACUAUUCCAAAAGGCAAACGUCUACGCUUCCAGUCAAAGUCAAGAUUCAACUUUAUUCAUUUUUUAUGGGUUUUUGCAAGAUUCUGAACACUUUGUUUGUAAGUAAAAUAUGUUUACUCUUUUUCCACCAUCUUUUGUACAAAGUUGUUUUUUUUACGCCAUCUUUGCUUGUGUCAAAGAGCAUCAGCUUAGAUACAUAUUUUUUUGUCGGUGGAGUGAAAUGACUCUUUUUAUGUAACGUUAGUACUAAAGUAUACUCCCUGCGUUGUAUGACAAGCUGCGGUUUACGCAUUACACACAUGUGCAUUCUCCAAGUCAAAAGGAGCCAUUAUCGCAAAAUAAAGCACUUAUUUAAAGAGACAGUGUCGUCCUCUUACACGGUACCAGUUUGCUGCGGUAACUUCUCAAGCAAGAAGUCCCGCAAAUGUAUUUUCGUACACUUCUUUUUUUACGCUGCAAAUGACAUGAGUGUGACUUUGUGGUCUCUAGGGGGCAGCAGAGCAAGCUGUAAACACAACAUGGACAUAUUAUCACUUUAUGAAGUUGUUUGCUAAAAGAAACAGCCUCCUGUGGCCUGUGAAUAGUGUGCGUCCGUGUUUUCUUUGUGUCAACAAUUUGUGUUGUUCCCUUUCCUAUUACAAGGAAGCAGAGUUCUUUACCUCAACCUCAUCCAACACCUUAUAGGAUGAAUUGGAAUGCAGACCGUGAGCCAGAUCCCUUAUCGGGGUUCCCACGCAACCUGAAAACUAAUUUUAACGUUCUCCUAUUUUCCUUCUGAUGAAAAUUAUGCUCUCUGCGAUCUGCUGAAUCAGAGCUCCCCGAAAUGGAUUACAUAGCCAUCUGAAAGUAGGAUCAUAUUAAUGUUUGAAUGGUAGUUUAUGGACUAUUUGGAAAAGGGUUCCCAUAAGUCACGUCCCAUGGUAACACAUGCGGGUCACAACUUAAAGGGACAAAUCACCUCAAAAUACAAAAUACAUAUUUCUCCUCUUGGUGCCAUCUAUCAGUUUGUUUUGGUGUAAGAUGUUGGAGACGUCAGCCUUGAUGACUUUUCUCCAAUUUAACGGCUUCUCUCAAAUGACACUUGACUUAACAAAUAUAUACAUUUGAAUAACUCAAUGUAUAAGUGUACGUUUCUGAAUAUUUUGACUUGUAUAUCGUAUUUUCUGUCAUGUAACAUUUGAGAGUUUUGGGGAUCUCUCCUCUGUCUCCAGCUUACAGUUUACAAUGGAUGUAAACAAACCGUCACUACUGCAGAGACAAAGCAGCUACUGUGUCUCUUCUGUCAGCUUAGUACAGCCGGUGGAGGCCCAUAAAACUGAAUCGGCCCCAGAAUCAGUAAUAUCCAUGUUCUAUGCAAGCCCUUACAGAGUACGAUUGGUGUUCGGACGAUAAACUCUGGUGACAACACGAGAGUUGUGGUGCACAAUGUUCGGUUUAAGAUGCUCUUAUGUGUUCUUCUUUUUUGAUGUUAUGUAAAAUGAUUGUAUCGAUGCGUCUCUAUACUUUUACAUUUAUAUACAGAGAUUCUGCAGAACCAAAGUCUGUGACUCAAGUUGUUGCUGUGAAAAUUAUUUUCCAUUGACUUGUUUUGUACAAUAAAGAUUUCUCAAGCAGAAUGUAUGUCGUGCUCGUCUGUUAAAUUCGAAAUGUUUUCCUUUGAAUUUUGUAUUGUGAUCUAUAGCGGUUAUUAGCAUGAAACAAACUAUUCAAAUGAUUGGGAAAUGAUUUUCUAUUUUAAAUUGAAAUCUUGUCAUUAGUAGUUUUGAUGAUGUAGUACAAGCAGUUCAGAGCUAGUGUUAGGAAGUGAAACAGGUCGUAAUUCCCUGUGUUAUAUCUAUUUUAUAUGGCUGUGAA